GUUCGUUACUGAUAGACACUUUAAGCAAACCCUAAAUUUUUCUACGUAUCCAUAUCCGCAUCCGUAAACGCAUCAAAUUACGGUGACCGCAAAGUCCUUUUAAGCAUGGCCAUACAUUAACAUUACGUAAACGAUCCUAUUCUUGGAUGAAACGUUUUCUAACCUCAAAAAUUGCAUAUAAUUGAGAAAGACGGAACACUGAACACUCGUUCUCCUGGGAACGCUGCUCCCUGUUCCAAGAAUAAGGACCCUGAUUGUAUGAUCGGAGUCGGAUCGGAAGAAUGCAUGAAAGAUGUCUCCCGGGCUUGAUAGAUGUGUCCCCGCCUUUACGGAGAGAAAAAUUUUGCCAUUCGAUAGUCAUAAUUAUUCAUAAUGGAUAUUUUUUGUAUCGUAUCGUAUCUUAUCAUUCUUAUCUCGUGUUUUGUUUUGUGUUUGGUUUAAGAAAUUAAGAAUUCUCUCUCGGAUAAUUGAUGAAUAAUCAAAAUAAUAAUGUCUAGCAAAAAGGAAUUACUCCCAGAAAUAACUGAAAUACAAGUGGAAAUCAAAGAAGAAAAUAAAGGAAACGAUUAUUCAACAGCCAAAGGUAGAUUGAAAGGCGCACUGAAGCAAUUAACUCAGAAGUCGUCUGAAGAGGACAGCGAGUCUUCUGAUGGCGAAGCAGACUAUAGAAAACAUAGAAGUGGCAGAAAGAAGAGAAACCAGAAGGUACCAACACCUUACCAUCACACCUACCUCAUGAAACUUUAUGACAGAAGUGUGGAUUUGGCAAAGUUUGAAGAGGACACCCCUUUAUAUCCACUGUGCAGAGCCUGGAUGAAAAACCAACCUAAGAAUCAACAGAAAAUUAUCAAAAGACGAGCCUCAACACCAGAACCUCAAGCCCCUGAACUAAAUAUUAGUGAGGACACUGCAGUGAAUGUGGAAAGGCUUCCACCACCCUCUACACCAUUUGUAACUAGGAUUCCUUCGCCUUUACCAGAGCAGCUGCUUCAACACAAGGAUAAUUUAAACCUAGAUUAUGAUGAAUGUGCUCCAGUGGACAAAAAUGUAUUGAUUAGGAAUCACUUGCAAAGAUGGGCUAAAGUUAAGAAGAAAUGGAUUGAAACUGAAAAUAAAAAUUCUGAAAGAUUCCAAAGGAGUUCUGAAAUUUUGCAGGAGGUUUACAAUAAGUCUCCCUAUAAUAUUAAAAAUGGAUUAAUUGCAUAAAAACAAUUUACUUCAUUAUUUUUAAGUUGCAAUCGAUUUUUGUUUUGGGAACUCCAAACAUUAUUAUUUGGUUUAUAAUAAUAAUUAUUUUUUCAAUUAUUUAGGUACUUAUAAUAUGUGGACAAAAAAAAUAAAAUUUAUCUAAUCCUAGAAAGAAUGAGAAAGUUCAUUUAUUCAACAACAUUUGGCAACAAGGUUGUAAUGUAGACCCAAUCAGAACGCCUGCAAAUCUAACCAAGCAAGAGAAGCUGCGAUUCAUUUGUCCUAGUUGUAUGUAGACCUAUUUGGAUCACCAUCCCAGGACUUGAAAAUAUUGUUUUUUUAGAAUGCAGCAAACGUUCAAGUUCUAUUUUGUGUACUAUUUCUCAAAAAAUAAUAUUUUUGGAAAUAAUCGUAUUUAUUUCAAACAUUUUUGAAAAGGCGCUUACCAUAAGACCAAUGGUAAGCGUCUUUGUUUUAUGCAAAAACCACCACUUAUAUAAAAAAAUUAAAUUGGUGUUGAUAUUCAAGUAAUAGAAGCGAAACACUUCACAUAUAAGCUCGUGAUUUUGGUUGGGUUUGGUGGAAUGUAAGGAAAAAAAUAAAACUUCUUAAUAUGGCCUUAUUUGGAACCUUAUUUUAUAUGUGUGUAACAAGCCAGGAAAAUGGAGCAUUCGUAAAAAAUAAAUUAAGGUCAAUACAAUUCGUCGUUAAUUUCACUAAUGGGCGUAUAUGGAAUUUCUUAAAUUUUACAAGCGUAUAUGAUAUACGCCUUUUAGGAAGAUGCAUAUUUAUUGUUUCAAAACAUACUACUUAAAGAAAAAUUAGUGGAAUAAAAUCACUGCUCUAACUCGCUGUUUUCUGGGGGUGGGUGAUUCCGAGGUAUAACCAGAUGAAACCUAUAUCAUCUUGUAGAGGACAAUUUGGGGCAUAGGAAAUGGGAAUGUACAACUUUUUUUAAUAGGACUGAACUUUGAAAUCGGC